AACUAUACAUACUGCAUCUCAAACUUGGCGGUUCAAUUAGCAGCAAUGCCCGUAGAAGGCACAGGCGCAGCGUCGGCUGCACAUGGCAAUGCUGCGCAACCGAGGACAGCGUCAGCCUUGGGCGGCUCGCAAGACAACCAGCUCCCAGCCUUCAAGCUUGAACGCUACUUUGCCAAGUGGGAGUUCACGGCGCCGCACCUACUGUGCUGCUCCGACUGCGAGCCGUUGCGACUGCCGGAGGUGCUGGCGCUGGCGGACGCUGAGAGCCUGAGGCAGUGGGAGAACCUGCGGCUCGGAUAUGGCGAGACACGCGGGUCGCCGGAACUUGUCAAGGAGAUCUGUGGGCUGUACGACAGCGUGUCGCCGGAGGGAGUCAUCGUGGCCGCCCCGCAGGAGUGUGUGUACCUGGCGAUGACGGCUCUGCUCCGACCCGGGGACCACGUGGUGGUGACGUACCCUGGGUACCAGUCCUUGUUCCAGGUGGCUGCCUCCAUGGGCUGCCAGGUAUCCAUGUGGGAGGUGGAGUUGGCGGAGGAUGGCAGCGCCGCAUUCGAUGUAGACAAGUUCAAGGCGCUGCUGCGCCCCACCACACGGCUGGCGGUGGUCAACUUCCCGCACAACCCCACCGGCUUCAUACCCAGCCGACACGACUGGGGGCGGCUGGUAGCGGCGUGCCGGGAGGCGAGCGCGGUGCUGUUCAGCGAUGAGAUGUACCGCCUGAUGGAGUUUGACGAGUCGGACAGGCUGCCCAGUGCGGUGGACGUGUACGACAAGGCCAUCACACUCAGCGGCCUAUCCAAGGCGUUUGGUCUGCCAGGCCUGCGCAUAGGCUGGCUGGCGGUGCAGCCGGCUCUGCGGGGGCUGAUGGACCGAGUGGCUGAGCUGAAGGACUACACCACCAUCUGCAACUCGCAGCCUAGCGAGGCUCUGGCCGUGAUGGCGCUGCGCGGGCGUGCCACCAUCCUGGAGCGCAACCUGGCCCUGGUGGCAGCCAACUGCGCCGCCCUGCGCGCCUUCAUGGACUGCUUCCCGCACGUGUUCACGUACAGCCAGCCGCGGGCCGGGUCCGUGGCCUUCCCCAGGCUGGCUCCGGAGGCGGCGGCCCGGGAGGACGUGGAGGCGUUCUGCGACCGCGUGGUGUCGGGCUGCGGCGUGCUGCUGCUGCCCGCCUCCGUGUACGACCACGGCCCCUCCGCGGCGCGGGGGCACUUCCGCAUCGGCCUGGGCCGCCGGGACCUGCCCAAGUGUCUGGAGGUGCUGGGGGCGUGGCUGGAGAAGGAGGCGGCGGGCAAGUGAGGGCGGGUGAAGGCAGGGGAAGGAAGGUGUGGGGUCGCCGAGGCGAGAGGUAGGGCGGAGCCGCGCAUGUAGGGCUGCUGUUUCGGUGCUGUAGGUGGCUGUGCACAGGUAGAAGGCACGGCUGGGGCAAGUGGGGCAUGUGCCCUUUGGCUGUCGUG